ACUUAUUUUUUUUUUUUUUUACUCUUAUAAUUGUGUUAUUUAUGAUGAUAGAGUUUUUAAAAGCAGUUACAAGAAAUUAUAUUGAAAAAGUAAGAGGUUUUUUACAAUCAGAGAUCGAUGUAAAUAGUUCGUUUAUCUGGAAUUCAAGGGAUACGUAUUCACCUGUUAUACCUAUCGAAAUGAGAAGUCAACCUGAUUUAUUAAAUAAUUUACAACCAAAUCAACAAUAUCAAUGCAAAGCUUUAAAUAUUGCUGUCUUAGGAGGACAUGCUGAUAUGGUACGCUUACUAUUAAGUGCUGGUGCAGAUAUCAACAGUAAAGAUGGCAAAGGAAGAACAGCACUUGUAUGUGUUAUCUAUGGCUUAGAUCUUGAUGCAUCCAACAUUAAUACGUCUAAUUUACAUUUCAUCUCACAAACAAAUCAAAAUCAUUUUGAUAUUAUGAAAAACAUUUUGCUGUGCCAUCCAAAUUUACAUUAUGCAACAUUAGAUUCUCCUCAAUAUGAAAUUAAAGGUAUCACUCCCUUAUGUUUAGCUAGUUAUUUGGGGAAAGCGAGUAUGAUUCAGUUACUAUUAGAAGAUGGUCGAGUCAAUGUUGAUGGAACAGAUAGUAAAAAUGCGACAGCUUUAAUGUAUGCUGCACGAGAUGGUAAUGCAACUGUAGUCAAAAUACUAUUAGACUAUCAUGCAUCUCCUGAUAUGACUGACAGUCAUGGUUGGUCUGCAAUUCAAUACGCUGAAAGAAAUCCAGAAAUUGUACAAUUAUGUGAGCAAGUGUUAAGAACCAAAAGGUCCGAAUUUUCUGUUACAUCCAACAAUUAUUCAGUAAACUAUCCAAUAAAUUAUUCAAAAUUAUCUCAAUUUAUUAGUUCAAUGCCUGAAUAUCCAUCCUCUCUUUCCCAUCUUCAAUUCGAAACUUUAAAGGGAAUUGAUCAUCUUGAUCCAGCUGCUACACCACUUGUACAAAUCGUUCAAAGCGCAUUCUUAAAAACAAUUAAAAUUCAUGACCAUUUAUCACUUCAAACAUUAUUAAUGAAGCCACCACCACCACUGCUACGAAGCAAUGCGUCAGAGCAAUCUGGACCACUCCUUGUCAAUUAUCAUGAUCCAAAGACGGGGCUCACAGCGAUUCAUCACGCCAUGAGAACAAAGCCUUUACCUUCACCAGAAACGAUCACCAUGCUCUUUUUGGCUGGAGCAGAUAUAAACUCACAAACCUAUUAUGGACGCACUGCUCUUCAUCAUCUAGCAAGAUUUGGACUUGACAAAGAUGGUAUAUCAUGGGGGAUACAAAAAAGUAACAAGGCAUCAGAAACUAUACCUCCUCCUCCUCCUCCUCCUCCUACUACCACUACUACUACUGAUAUUAAAAAUAUUCCUGAGCAUCUUGCCCUCUGUGCUUCCCUUUUAAUUCGUUUUGGUGCACUCGUCAAUAUUGCUGAUCCUAUUGGUAACACGCCACUUCACUUUGCUGCCGAGUUUGGAGGAGUGAAGGAGGUGAUAGAGGUUCUUAUCUUAGAAGGUGGAGCCGAUUUAACCUUAAAGAAUAAGAAGGGCCUAACGCCUCUUGACGUUUCCAAAUCUGAUGAAAUUAAGAAAAGAAUACUUCAGUAUGAUACAGAACUGAAACAUGCUAGUAAAACAAAAUCCAUGAUCUCAUCCUUGAAUGGUACUAUUCGACCCUUUGAUUCCGCUAGUGAAUAUAAUCGCCAUUCCAUCGCGUGCUCCAUCAUCACAACAUCAUCUCUCUUUCGAAAUCAAGAGACAGAUAAAACUAGAAUGCAUUUUUUGAUGACACAAAAGCAAUUGUUGUCAGAGGUCGUACAGAGGGACAACAACACACACGCUGAAUAUUCUGAUUUUGAAAUCAUCUUGAGGGCCUUCUUUGGUUAUCAAACCACCUUUACGGAUUCAAUUGAAAAUUCGUUGGCCUAUAUUACGGAUUCCAUUCUAGGUUCAUGGCGAUUGCAACCUGAAGAGCAUACGAGAUUAUUCUUAGAACUAGGAAAGACGAUAAGUGAACUACGCUACGAGCUACGUGAGGCCCAUGAGAUGUUUGAUGUCACUGAUCAACUUGUCGAAAAGGUCACAGGACAUUUCCGUGAGGAGCUCGAACAGAUUGAACAGGUUCAUCAGACAGAUUGGGAAAUGUCUGAACUGCAAAACGAUAAAAUUGAAAAGUUGUUUGAUGUCUUUGAGCGUAUUGAUGGACGAUUCUGUCAAUUGGAAUCGGCUCAAGAUGAUUUAAUAGUUCAGCUUGAAGAAUUAAGAAGAGCAGCUGUCAGAAGGCAACAACAACAACAACAGCAAUUAUUUCAGACAAAUGAGGCUACAGAUAUAGGAUGUUGUAUUACUCAUGUCUUACAAUCUUUACUUAUCCUUCAAACGGUACCUAUUGAUCAGGUUCUCUAUUUACGAGAUGAUAGAAACAGGCUUUUUCAAGAAAUGAGGGCCGUCAUUGAUCAACUUAAACAGGAAAUUCAAACUCAUCUUGAUAACGAUAAGGGGGAUCAUAAAGAGAAAUUAAUUGAAACAAUGUCGCUUUUAGAGAAUUCUUGGUCAAAUGUAAAGGAGCUACUCACUAGAGAUGGCCUCCCCUCUAGUAAUAAGAUAGAAGAAGAACCAUUGUCUGAUAUUGAUACUAUUUCACAUUCUAUGAAUUAUUCUAGCACAUUACAACAAAGGGAAAAGACCAUGUCAAAUAUAUACAAAUAUUGUAAUAAACAAACUGGAUAUCAAACACUCAAUGAGCUUGAGCUCUCCUUUGAUAUACUUCAAUCAAACUUGUCUGAAAUUCAAAAAGAUAUGGCUCAGAUUAAUAAACAUAUAGAGGAAAUAAUGCAGGGUAAGAAAAAGAUGUAUGAAGUAUGUCUAACAUUGGAGAAACAAUUGAACGGCAAUGGAACCAGGGAUAUGGAGGAAAAAGCAAAGUCAGAGCUUAAUCAAGUUUUAAAGUUUACACAGCAAUUGUUUGAUAAACAACAGAUGCUUGAUACAGAACGUACUGGACUUUUGAAAGAGUAUUCAAAUAUUGAACAAGAACUGGUAAAGGUUCGUACUCAAUUAUAUAAUGUACGUCCGCCUGCUCUCUUACAUGGGCUCCUUGAACGUCUGGAUACAGAUGAAGCUGCUUACUGUGUUCAUGUUGAAAAGGAUUGGAAAGAAGAUUCAAAUCUUGUAACGGAAGUUGUAAUGGAUGAGCAUCAUGAAGAGGGUGACAAAAGCUGUUCUUCUUCCCUAGCUUCUUCUUUUUCUUCUUCUUCUUCUUCUUCUCAAGACUACAGGAUUCAGCAUUCAAUGACAGCAUUACAAAUUGAACAACUUAAUACGCAAUGUGCUUCUAAUUUAUCUACCCUCAGUUAUAUUACACGUCUUGAUGCAAGCUUGUAUUGUCUUAAAGUUCUUGCCACUCAUUCCGUUACCAAGGCUCGACAAAAUCUUUUACAAGUUCAAGCUUCUUUGGGACAAGCAAGUACAGACCUUGAUGGAAUUCGAAGCCAAAUGACACAGUUGUAUGAUGAUGCAGCUGAGGUAGCUAGACAGGUAUUCGCUCUCAAGAUUGAAAUGGAAACAAUUGUACGUCAUCGUAAAGAAGAAGUGAUUAAGGUAUGGGAAGUGAUUGAUGAAGUGUCUGUAGGGCUUGAUGCAAAAUCCAUUCAAUCAAGACAGCAAGCAGAAAACUUAUCACAAGCAUCCAUAAAUGCUGAUAUAUCAAUUACACAGCAACGACAACAACAACAACAACAGCAACAGCAACAGCAACAACAGCUAAAUAUCAGUUUGGAGGAACCAGAUCAUCAUCAAUGGAUCAUUCGAGAAUUAGAACAAUUACAGCGCGUCCAUGCAAAUUUGGAAGAAUCAGUGGAAGAAUUAAAACAAGAGCAAGCCAUGAUCAGUCAAAAUUUACGCCAACUGUCAAUUGUCUUUAUAGAACCGCAAGUAGAUAGACUAGUUGGCCAAAAUGAUGAAUCUCUUUUAUCAACUAGCGAUCGUUUAGCUGAAUUGAUGGAUCGUAUUAGAGAUAAUGAUUUAGGUCUACGACCUUCCUCAUUCUGGUCCUCUACCACCAUCAAUACGAUUGCAAUUAAAAAGCCAUCUCAACAACAAAAGCAAAUACUAAGAGUGGCCACAACUGGAGUUGGACUACGCAUGAUAAAUAAGAAUGCAAGUAAUGCAAAUAGAUUAUCUGUAAUGUCUGCAGCUACAAGUCGUUUAUCAGCAUUAACACAUAAUAGUAAACAGUCUUCAACUUUUAUACGUUCACCUUCUAGUAUCAUUGUAGAUAGUCAUAACAGUAACCAUAAGCAAUUAUCAGCUGCUGUUAGUAUUAAAACAGAUAGAAAACGUAUGUCAGUCAUGUCAGCAAUCAGUCUUUCAUCUUUAUCAUCAUAUCAACAGGAAAGAAUGAUGACAAGAGCUUCUAGUUUGAGCUAUGCUUUAUCUAAAAUACAAAAAGAGAAUACUAUUGAUGAGGAUGAAUAAAUUAUAUUAUAAUUAUAUUGACUAUUUUGUUUACUACGCUUUUUUUUUAAAAAACUACUAUUGAAAAAAUAAUUCUUCUAAUAGAGAAGGGUGAAUUCUAUAGUUGCAUUACUUAUUUGAAGGGUUGUUUUCUAUCUUUAACUAACAAGUAUAAC